AUGAGCAUUUUGGUAUGCUCGACAUUGUAUCUUACUUCAACAAAAAAAAGUGGCUUUCAACCACCAGAGAACGGACAAACAACUGAAGAAGUCAACUGUGUUCCACAUUAUGAUCCAGGAUUAUUUUCAAUUAGUAUUUUAUCGACACAUAAAGGACUUCAAUUGAAAAAUAUGACGAACAAUGAGUGGGUAGAUGGACCUUUAGAACCAAAUAUUGGUGUCAUCUGGUUAGGAAAAGCGGCAUCUCGAAUAACACAAAAUCGACUUAAACCAGGCAUUCAUCGAGUUAUUUAUCCUCAAAAAUGGAAAAGUCGACUUACAAUCUGGUAUGAAGUAUGUACUACGGAACAGUUAAAAAAUAUAAGUGCUGACAAGAAAGAUGAACUAAUGACUAAUGGAGCUGUCGCUUUCGCAAGUAUGCCUGGAUCGGCUCCAAUAACUGUUUUACCUGGUGAGACAAAGCUGGAAUUUUUGAAACGAGUUGAAAUGGCUCAUGGAUUAUCUAUGAGUAAAAUGGGCCCAUCAUAUUAUAUACUCGAAAAACAUAAUAUUUCAUAUCCAACAAAUGGUUUGAAAACUGAAUGA